AAAGGAGUAUUUUGUUUUGAAAGAAACAAAGGAUCAACACCGCAAAACCAAUAUCUACAACUACACGAGACUCAAGCUAUGGAAGUUAAGAAGGCAGUAGUAGCAACAUCCGACAGCGGACACUUCACAUAUCUUCCUGCUACAUCGCGACAUGGACCUUCGAGAUAGCGAGAUAAUGGGACUUCUUCGUAGUGUUUUAAGUGAUUUCGUAGUAUCCGGGCCACUUGCUCGGUGACAGUAGUGACAAUAAGAUGUAACCAUUUCAAGGCGGUGUCCGAAUUCUAAUCGUUCGAAAAACGCGCUGCGCCUUCCAUUAUCCACGACCGAAAUGUCAGAGAGUGACAGCUGAUGCACAAGGCGCAAUAGGUUGGAUGCUGAGUGUGCGCUUUGCGUGUUAUUGUUAUAACAUUUACAUCGGAGGAUUUAUGUAUUUAUCUUUGCGCGUGGGAAAAAGUUAUAAGAAAAUCGGUGAUAUGCUACGCUCUUAUAUUGAUAAUACUACGUAGUCGGAUCUCGGGACUUGAGUGAACAAUAUUGAGAUAUAUGUCCAAGAAAUAUUUUCUUAUCUCGGAUCUCAUCAUGGUAUUGUUCUAGGAACGUAACCUUGUCAUCCGUCUGAAUGCUUCAUAACAAUGACUUAUCGAUGAUGUGAUCGAUGAUGUGAUAUCUAACUGGAGACGGGAUGUAAUUGUAACUCAGUGCCUUACUUACAAUGCCGCAUGAAGUAACGUUUAUAAUUGUAUUGGGAUAUAACUUACAGCGCAGAUACAAUAUACUAAUAAAUAACGGAUAUUUAAUUUGUGUAUGACAGUUAUUAAUCAGGAUAGUUUAUUUGUGUUCUCAAUUUGAAACAAAAGUUUUGUUAGUUCCUGUUAUUUAGAAGAAAAAAAACGCAUUGAAUGGUGACAUACCCUUAUAGGAUACAGCACAUUGGAUUGUACACCUUUAUAAAACCUUAUCUUACCCCUUUAUGAAAAUUCCUUAUUAGGAAUAACAUAAUUAUCGUGAAAAUCAGAAACAACAAUCAAUAGUUAUACAACAAACGGUUUCACCCAAAAUACAAUGACCCAGAAGGGACAUUGUUCAAGGUAUGUCAAUUUCUAACUCGAUGUCACGUGACCCCAGUCUGGAGUACAGUCAGAUGAAGCAGAAAUAUGAGUUCCGUGAUCCUCGGGCCACAUGCAUUAAGUGCGUCCUCGUCGGCGACUCCGGCGUCGGCAAGAGCAGCCUGGCUGCCAGGAUCGCCUCCAGGAAGUUCAAGGAGGAAUACGUGCCGACAGUGUUCGAUAAUUACGCAGCAACUGUGACGCUGGACGAGAAGUCCUUCCAUUUCAGUCUGUUCGACACUGCAGGCAAGGAAGACUAUGACCGUUUGCGCGUGAUCUCGUACAUGAAUUGUGACGUGUUUCUCGUCUGCUACUCCGUGCACGAGCGGGACUCCCUGGCGGAUAUCGAGGCACACUGGGUGCCGGAAAUCAAGCAGUACCUUCCCAAGACGCCAUACAUACUUGUCGCGACACAAACUGACAGACGCACGCCAAAAUCGGACGGGGUGGACGUCCAACCAUACGUGUCAUUCAAAGAGGCCUCCGAGGUGGCCAAUCGCUGCGGCGCCUCGUCAUACGUCGAGUGUUCAGCAAUGACAUCAGAGGGUGUCAGUGACGUCAUACGGGAAAUCAUAGAAACAGUGCAGAAAUCAGUCACGUGUAGAUCUAAAGAAGCGACUUGUUGUGGUUGCAUAAUAAUGUAAUGGAACUCUGCCGGUGUGAUCACUUUGAUUCAAAUUAAUAAAUUGUAUAGCAAUUGCCUUCGCCAACGAAAAUGUUUGAACUGAAAAGGCGUUUGAUAAUAUCACAAACAAUGUCGACUGUGAUACAUAAGAUAUCGGUGCGUCUACACGUGACAUAAGUAUGUCAUGCCGUGAUGUUUUAUGUGCCAUUGUGACACUUUUUACAUUCCAAAAUGUGACGGAACACCACAUGGUUCAGUGUGCAAUGAAUAUAUAUGUGGACUAGAAUAAUCUCGGACAAUGCCGACAGGUUACGGAGGCUGGCGAGUGUUCAAAUACCUGUAUUAUUGAACAAUACUAGGUUAAUAUGAAUGCGAUACAAACAGCAUCCAAUGCCACAAAGAAUAUCUGUGAUAUCUAACCCCAGAGAUAUGAAUGACUGAUUCUAUGCGUGUUUCCGCCUAGAAUCUUGUAUUGUGCCAAAUAACUGGAAUUAAUGUGCCUGACUUGUACGUUGUUGAAGUAAUUGUGCUGACACGGAAUUCACCGGCGCAUGCCUUUGCUGCGUUCUUGUGAAUUCGAACUCGCUGAACGAACCUUUCCUGUGAUCAGCUGUUACGUUCUAUUCCACAAACCAAUGUGAUAUAUCGAUCUGUGUACACAAGUUUCUUAACGCAUGCGAGAAAUAAAAUAUAUAAGCAUGUA